AUGGAGAAAACUCCGAACAAUUCAAAUUCUAAUAUUAAUUCACAACAAAAUAAGCCUAAUCUGUGUAAUAAAUACAAAAGAUAUGAGCAAUCAAUGAUGGUGCAGGCUACAGCACUUAUUAUCGAUAAUAUUGGGUUUUCAACGGCGAAUGGUUCUGUGAUGAAUAUACUUUCUUGGUUGCUUAGAACUUACUUUGAGAAAUUAUGUAGAGAUUCUGGUUCUUUGGCUGAAUUUGCUGGUCGUGAUUUUGUAACGCUUGAUGAUGUUUCCAGAAUGUUUAAUCGUCAUUCGAUAGAUUGUACUCAACGAUUUGCUCAGAAAGCUUUCCCUAACUUUUUUGGAGCUUAUGCUCCUGAUCUUGGCAUUACCGUUAAAAAAUUUAUUCCACCAUUGGUAGAGAUCAGUUUAGAGGCAGAUUUUUCAAGUAAUCCUCAAAUAGCAAACACUUCAUUUACGAUUGUGCGACAAGACUUUUUCUCUGUUCCUUGUUUAACUCUGAAAGGUGUCCCAGAAUCCGAACGUCAUAAAGAGAAAAAAAGACGAAAAAAAGAAAAGCGUGAGCAACAGCAACUUGAAGAGGAAAAACAAAAAAUUGAAGAAGAGAAGAGAUUACAAUUGGAAAGAGAAAAAGUACUGGAAACUGAAAGAAUUCAAGCUGAAGCAAAGUCUGCUGAUCAACAAUUAAAAGUUCCAAAAAUAAAAAUACGUUUUGGUCCAGGCCUUUCCACUACUACUCCACAAACUACUCCAUUAUCCGAGCCACAACAAAUUCAGCAACGCCAAAUGUUGAUCUCUCCACCUCUUGUAACUUCAAUUGAUAAACCAAAAUUAAAUGCUCCUCAACCCUUACCAAAAACUGAUAAACAAGCACAACCUUCAACAUCGAAAAUUCCUACAUCUGAUGCCUCAAUAACCAAAAAAUCCUCGCCACCUGUCGAAGAAAUAAUUUUUGUCGAAGAAAAACAACAAUCUACUCCCGUUGCAAAAACACCACCAGGUCUUGAAGAAAUUAAAAAAGGAGCUAAAAAGCGAAAGAAAUCGCCAAAAAGAGCUGUUCCUGUAGUAAUGGAGCCAGUCGAAGUGUUGUUUAUUACAGCACCAAUUCAAGUCCAGACAUCUACAAAGGAUGCGACGCCAAAAAAGGAAGAAGUUGACAAAAACACUUCAAAAAUCGCUCCUUUAAAAAAUGUUGAGAAGAAACUCCCGAACCCGGUGCCACCUAAAUUGCCGACUGAAAUACUUACAAAAUCAGUGCCUUCUGUAAAUUCAACAAGUUCAGAUGAUUCUAAAAUCUCGAUUAACUCUAUGAAAGAGGAACCCCCAGCAACUUCAAAACGGAGCAGAAAAAGUGAAAAACCAACAAGAGUCGUUCCUUUAAUUGUAUCAGAUAAAUUAACUUCAGAAGCAGCUCCUUCACCCGCGCCUUCACCAAUUCCUUCAAAAGCGUUGGAAACUGUUUUGGAACCUUCCAAAAAGAAGGAGAAACCUUUAGCAAACAAAAAAUUGCCUAAAAUAUCUGAUACACCUUCGAAUACUCCACAAACAUCUGCGAAAAAACCACCAAUGAAAUUGGCAAAAUUACUUAAACCUUCUACUACUUCAACACCUAAAAAUGAGGACAUAAAAUCAACGAAAAGUGGAUCAACAACCAAAUCAAAAACAAACGAAAAAACAAUUUCAACACAAAAUAAAUCAAAAUCUAAUAAUAAAACACCAAAAACUUCUGUUAUCAAGACGGUUGAAAAAGCAACAAAAGAAGUGAUAAAGAAGGAAUUGAAAAUUGAAGAAGUAAAAGAAGUUGUUCAGCCAUCUCCAGCUGUAAUUAAUUUAGAAGAGGAUCAAGAAGAAGAUGUUUGGAUAUGUCCAGUUUGUUCUGUUGCCUAUGUAGAAAAUGGACCUGAUAUGGUUGCUUGUGACACUUGUGAUAGAUGGUUUCAUUGGAGUUGUGUGGGAAUUUUAAUUCCUCCGCCAGAUAAUGCUUCUUGGUAUUGUAAUGAAUGCAAAAAGAAAAAUAAGAAAAUUUCGGGUACAAAUAGUGGUGGAAAUACUAGUCGAAAGUCUUCGAUUGGAGGGGGAACUUCAAAUAAGAAGCGUUUAAAAUAA